GCUGCGAGCGAACGAGCGAGGAGUUGGCGCUCCUGCUGAGCCAGCCAGCCGGGCGGACGCGGCCAGCGCCAUGGACUCGGACUCCGGCGAGCUGAGCGACGGCGACCUGGUGCCGGCGGCCGGUCCUGAGAGUUUUAGUUCAAAGAGUCUUGCACUGCAAGCCCAGAAGAAGAUCUUGAGCAAAAUGGCGACCAAGACCAUGGCUAACAUGCUGAUCGAUGACACGAGCAGUGAAAUCUUCGACGAGCUGUAUAAAGUGACGAUAGAGCACAUGAAAAACAAGAAAGAAGCCCACAAAAUCAUGAAGGACUUGAUCAAAGUCGCCAUCAAAAUCGGGAUUCUCUACCGCAACAAUCAGUUCAACCACGAAGAGCAGGAGCUGGUCGAGAAGUUCCGCAAGAAGCUGAACCAAGCGGCCAUGACUAUCGUCAGCUUCUACGAGGUGGAGUACACGUUUGACAAAACUGUACUUUCGGGACUCCUGCACGAAUCCAAGGACCUGGUGCACGAACUGGUGGAACGGCACCUGACAGCCAGGUCUCACGCUCGAAUCAACAACGUCUUCAACCAUUUUGCAGAUGUGGAGUUCCUGACCGCCCUUUAUAGCCUUGAUGGGGAAUGCCGCCCACACCUCAAAAAGAUCUGUGAUGGAAUCAACAAACUACUUGAUGAGAAAAUCCUUUGAAACUUCACUUUUCGUCUGAAAGACUUAAGAGAUGCAAACUGAGAAUGUGGGUCAGAAACGCAAGAACAGACUUCCUUUCUGUAAUCGCAAAACAGAACAUCUCUAUUCCAGAUCACUCAGCAUUCAGUUUGUACAUGGAAAACAAGACAGGAAACCAGUCACACAGUGAACUUGUGCCCACAGAUAGCUUUUUAGGAUGCAGGGCAGUUUGUUAUGCAAAAUCACGAUGUAUCAUGACCUCUUUACUGCUAUGCUGGGGUUAGAGUUUGAUGCCUCUUCCCAAACCUUCUGCCCCAGAAGCCUGAUAUCCAUGUCAGGGAUGAAAAGAGCCCAUGUGUAUAUCUUGGAGAAGAAUGAAUCCAUACAGUUUUGAUGAAGAGAGGGUCCCUGAAGGUCCUCACAAUGGCAGAUCUCCUGCUGUACACACAAUCCAAGAUCAGGAAUGAACAUAAUUUUGUUGGCCAGAUGCAACACAAGCACAACACGGUGGUUUUUGAAGGCUUUUUUGUUUUCUACGGAGGAAUACUAAAGUGCAGGCACCAGGAAGAUGGUGCGGCUUUUACUUCCCAACCUUUCCACAUUGCCCAAGCUAUUCCCCAUUACUGGUUUUAGCCUCAGUACUGGAGAGUCCGCCGUUAGAGUAGCUCUCCAUGGGUGCUUCUCUACUGCAGCCCCAAAUGCACCAUGAGAUGGGCAGUUUCAAUGCGGGCAAACAAUUUAAGGGCACCCUUAAAUCAUAGCGAAGCAGCAGCAACACCAGGAUUUUAACUUUCUUAUUCCACUGGUUUUCAAUACAGUUGCCAGGUCCCUUCGUCACUCCAGCGGGGGGAUAUGGGGGGCGUUCCGAGGGUGGGCAGGGAUGCCCCAAGUCCUGCCCCCAAGAGCGGCCACCUGCCCAGC